UUUUGCUGAUAUUAAUUAGAUAAAACAAAGUUUUAAAAUUUUAAAAUAAAUAAAAUUACUACCUUCGUCCCGCUAUAUUCGUCCACUUUUAAUUUUUGGAACUGUUCAUCUUAGCACUUUGACUCAUCAAAUUCUCUCAAUGUGUAUGCCUGAAUAUAGUCAUGUGUGAUCUUGUUUGAUUUGUAUUAACAUAUAGAUUAUUAAUAUAUAAUUUUUAUAAUUUUUUAAUAUACAAAUUACAAGAUAAAAUGAAUUAAAGAAGUGUAUUGGAUGAUAAGAAUGGCUUGGCCCCAUUUCUCUAUAUAUAUAAAAUUCGAGAAUCAUCAAGUUGUAAAGUCAGAGUGUGUGAGUGGAAACAAUUUAAUUUUUAGUCGUCUUCCCAGGCCAGAGCUCAUUAUAUUCUUGUCUCUUUUCAUCCCUUUCAGGCAUUUUUCUUCUUAUUAGCUCUCCCCAUCCAUCAUAGAGUGUGGAUAGAGAGGAGGCAUGGACAACGGGACAAGAGAAAGGUUGUUGAUUGGUUCGGAGGAAGAGAAGGGGACGGGUGAUUUGAAAGUGAGAGUUUGUGACGAAUCAAAGAAGAUAUGGAGGGUUGCGUUGCCCGGUAUACUCUCAAGAGUGGCUUCGUUCGGGAGCAUUGUGGUCACCCAAUCUUUCAUUGGACACACUAGUGAUCUUGACCUUGCUGGCUAUGCCCUCGUCCAAACCCUCACCGUUCGGUUUGUCAAUGGCAUUUUGAUAGGGAUGUCGAGUGCGACCGAAACACUGUGCGGGCAGGCGUAUGGGGCAGGGCAGUACCACAUGAUGGGAGUUUACUUGCAAAGGUCAUGGAUCGUCGACUUCGUCACCCUAACAGUUUUGCUCCCCUUCUUCAUCUUCGCGACCCAAAUCUUCAAGCUGCUGGGAGAACAAGACAACAUUGCAAACUCUGCUGGGUACAUCUCCUACUGGUUCAUCCCCUUCAUCUACAACUUUGUUUUCAGCUUGACCAUCCAAAUGUACCUCCAAGCACAGCAAAAGAAUCAGAUCAUUGCCUGGCUGUCCGUGGCACAGUUUGUCAUACAUGUCCCGUUGUCGUGGCUGCUGGCUAACAAGCUCGGCUAUGGUGUCGCGGGGGCAAUGGUAGCCCUGAGUGUUUCUUCAUGGUUUGUUGUGAUCGGCGAGUUUGUGUACAUAUUUGGUGGUUGGUGCCCCGACACGUGGAGGGGGUUCACUAAGGCUUCUCUAAAGGAUCUUUUGCCAGUUGUGAAGCUCUCCAUAUCAUCCGGGAUCAUGAUUUGCUUGGAGCUGUGGUACAAUGCUGUCCUUGUUUUGCUAGCAGGGUAUAUGAAGAACGCCGAGGUUGCCAUAUCUGCCUUCUCCAUCUGUCUUAACAUCAAUGGAUGGGAAUUCAUGAUAAGUCUCGGCUUCCUUGGCGCUGCUUGUGUUCGGAUUGCGAAUGAACUUGGAAGAGGGGACGCAAAGGCUGUGAAGUUUUCCAUUAAAGUCCUCGUCUCUAGUUCGGUUAUAAUAGGAGUGUUCUUCUGGCUUAUAUGUUUGGUGUUUGGCAACACACUUGGCUACUUAUUUACCAAAGACAAGGCCGUGGCGGAUACUGUCUCAAACCUUUCUCUCCUUCUUUCCUUCUCUAUAUUGCUCAAUAGCAUUUAUCCGGUGCUCUCAGGUGUGGCAGUCGGCGCCGGAUUGCAGGGCACAGUUGCCAUUAUAAACUUGUGUUGCUUCUAUCUGAUUGGAAUACCCAUUGGAGCUGUUCUUGGAUAUGUGGCUCAUCUUCAAGUCAAGGGGAUUUGGAUUGGAAUGAUUUGUGGAGUCAUCACUCAGACACUUGCAUUGUGUUUCAUGAUGUGGAGAACAAACUGGGAUGAAGAGGUGUCCAAGUCCCAAAAACGACUCAAGCGCUGGUACUUGAAAUCUUCGGACGUGUCCCAACAAAAUCCCGAGUUAGUUUAAUGUUUGGUUCGGUUCGGUUUUUUUCCCCGAAAAACGGAGAAGAUGGCCGGUUUCUAAAACGAUGAUGCAGAGAAAGGCAACACUUUUGAUGAUGCAGUUGCCUAGUUUUCUAAAAGUAGGCAACUUUUGUCUAACUUUGGCUGUUGCUGCAACAUUUGAUUUUCCCACUUUUUUUUUUUUGUUUUUGUGUUGAGUUCUAUUGGAAUAAUGCUGAGCUUGGAAUUGUCAAGGGUCUGUUUUGCCCUUUGCCUCUUAGUUUUAGGUUGUGUUUUGCCAAGUUUUGACAUUUUCACCAAAAACAAUUUGGUUGCUCAAUAUAUGCACGCACUAUUGUCAACAAUCACAAUGCAUUUUCAAAUUUUCAUCUACUUACGUGUGUUUUUAUUGAUCAUUUGAUAAAAUAACCG